AUGGCAGUACUCGAUAUAAUAGAAGAAGCAGUGGUACGGUGGAGUAUACAGUUUGUGCAUAUUGUUCAAACAACAUGUUAUAUUCUUAUUCUGAUGGUCCUUGUACCUUUCCUAGGUCUUUACAUGAUAGAUGCAUGGUUAUAUAUGAUACGUCUAGUGAGGUAUUAUUAUAAACUAAGACAGUACCAUCAAAGGCGUUAUACUUUGGCUGAGAAAGUACCAGAUCAAGAGCCACACAAGAUUGUUUUGGUCCCGGAACCCCCCAUGGUUAUUCAUAAGAGGAGGAAUAUUGUUAGUCAUAACAGUAAUAGUAUAAUAAAAGGUAAAGAUGCGAGUAAGAAUGUACGCCUAAGCGCUUCAUUGCACACGUUGAUGGAUAAGAUACAAGAAUAUUUAGUGGUAAGUAAUCAACAACAGGAACAACAGCCAGAAUCGGUACUCAGAUCGCGGGACGAGCUGAUAUAUAUGGCGUCGUCAAACGAUUCAAUAACACAUACAGACAGCAAUGAGCUUACGAGGUUACAUCGUAUGGUCUCGGCAUAA